UCCUUUUAACCCUAUCGACACAGCUAGAACAAACAAGGGUUUUGGGGGUCAAUCAAAUUCACCCCAUUUGAUGCUAAAACCCUUCAUUCCACCAUAGCUAUGGCCGCCUUUUCCACAAAUCUUCCUUCCACCCUACCUCCGCCUCAUAAUCGACGCCUCUUCUCCCUUCACACUAUAUCCCCUUCAUCUGCAAUAUGCAACAGAGCUUCCCUUCGAUUUCAGAGACCGUCAAACGUCUUUCCUAAUAAUGGGUUAAAGAGGAGGAAGACGAAGACCGAAGAGUCUAUGUUUUCGUGGUCGAGCAGAGGGCGUGUCGUGUGUGCUAUAUUUGAUGCCAACUCUAAGGGUGACUUGAGUGUCAAGGAUCAAAAGGUUACUAAUGUUGAUGGGGUUGAACCAUUUGGAGGUAAAUCGGGCUCGGUUUCAUUCGUUGGAUUGACUCACCAGAUGGUUGAAGAAGGGAAAUUGGUGUCUGCUCCUUUUCAAGAAAGUCGGUCUUUGCUUUGGGUUGUUGCUCCAAUAGCGUUGAUCUCGUCGGUUUUGAUUCCACAGUUUUUUGGGAUUUUAAGUACUGACCUUAUUCAGGAUGUGGUUCUCACAGAGAUUGUAUACACGGUUUCCUCUGAAGUCAUGUUUUACAUAGGCUUAGCAACGUUUCUUCUCGUAACCGACCGCGUGCAAAGACCUUAUUUGCAAUACAGUGCAAAACGAUGGAGCUUAAUAACCGGCCUUCGGGGAUACUUAUCAUCUGCCUUUUUCGUAAUGGGGUUCAAAGUUUUAGCACCACUCUUAGCUGCAUUUGUUAUGUGGCCACUGCUAGGUGUAGCAAGCGUGGUUUCCGUCGGGCCUUACUUAACGGGCUGUUUGGUUCAGUUUAUAUUCGAAAAAGUUCUUGAAAAACGUCAGUCAUCUUGUUGGCCUCUUGUUCCUAUUCUUUUCGAGGUUUAUAGGUUGUAUCAGUUGAGUAAAGCGAUGCAUUUUAUGGAGAAGUUGAUGUUUCAAAUGAGGGGUCUGCCAAAGUCGCCGGACCUUAUGGAGAAGAGCGGUGCACUGGCGGCGAUGAUUGUUACGUUUGAAGUUCUUGCUUUGGUUUGCAUAUGGUCGUUUUUGACGUUUAUACAAAGGCUUUUUCCUUCUAGACCGGUUGCUGAGAAUUACUGAGUGAUUUUUGUAGAGGUUAUUGAAACUCUAGGUGCAUAUUUCAUGAGACUCAACUUGGAACUCUUUUUAGUUUUUGAAUAUUUUAAAUUAAUAUAUAGUAUUUGUUUGUAUUA